AUGUGCUUCAACAAGCCUUUCGAGCCUGCUAGACUGGCUUUGAGCGGUAAUGAGCUGCGUGCGCUCCAUGAUAAGCAGGCUAGUCGAAUCCUCGUCGAGGAUGGAAAGAGAAGGGAAAUGAAGGACAAGAAAACGGCCGAUCUGACCAAAUACGAAGUGCAUCCAGACUUCAAGCACACUCGAACAGGCGUGUCUACUCUCGUAGUGAACCCGAAGACUGGGUUCAUUAUAGUCGGUCCUCGCAUGGGGAGCCACGGAGCUGGAACACUGGCGGUGCCAGGAGGACACUUGGACACGGGUGAGAAUCAUGGUCAGACUAGCGAGAGAGAAUUUCAGGAGGAGACCAAGCUAGGAAUAAAAGACGUCGGUUCCAUUGCGCAGUCGUAUGACAACUUCGCACAUCACUCGAAGGGCAUCCGAUGUUACGACACCAAUCAGCGCUUGGGAUUUCAGCUGAAUCCAGAUGCACAGCCAGAGACGCGCGAGAAAAACAAGUCCGCUGGUUACGAUCCUGUCCAUCCAAACCUCGUGGUCGCCGUAAAGCUGUGUGCGGAGCCGGCGCUUUUUCCAGCUCUCUCAAACUUACUUGAUGAAUGUGGGGUUGCCAAACUAUUCUUGAACCUUAAGAAGCAUGGUGGCCUCCCUCUGGACGACUUGAUCCAGGGAGAUGGCAGUUUAAAGGACCAACACAAGAUUGUCUCGGCCUUACACGGAGCCUUGUCUUGGAUGCAGAAGAAACUCAAAGAGCAGCAGAAGCAAUUCGAUCAAGCACACUGGGAGCCCUUGCAGUGGAGCGUGUCCGAAAUUGGAUACGGUCUCCAAGAGGCGGAAAAACACUUAUCCGUCAUGCAGAGGAGGCAGAGAAGACACAGGAGGCAGAGGAGACAGAGGAGGUAA